UAGGCGCCGGGCUCUGGGGACUGAACAGUGUGGAGUCGACGCCGAUCUCAGGUUUCCGCUGUCCUAGCACCCUCGUUCUUCUCAAGUCCGGGUUCAUACCUUUCCUCUCUGCCAAAAAUGUUUGUUCCCUGCGGGGAGUCGGUGCCCGACCUCACGGGCUUCACCCUCUUGAUGCCAGCUGUAUCUGUUGGGAAUGUUGGCCAACUUGCAAUGGAUCUGAUUAUUUCUACACUGGACAUGUCUAAGAUUGGUUACUUCUAUACAGAUUGUCUAGUGCCAAUGGUUGGAAACAAUCCUUAUGCAACUGCAGAAGAAAAUUCAACAGAACUCAGUAUCAAUGCUGAAGUUUAUUCAUUGCCUUCAAGAAAGCUAGUGGCUCUUCAGUUAAGAUCUAUUUUUAUUAAGUACAAAGCCAGGCCAUUCUGUGAAAAACUGCUUUCCUGGGUGAAAAGUAGUAAUUGUUCCAGGGUUAUUGUUCUCUCGAGCAGCCAUUCAUCUCACUGUAAUGAUCUCCAGCUUCGCAGUACUCCCUUCCGGUACCUACUGACACCUUCUAUGCAAAAGGGUGUUCUAAAUAAAAUAAAGAGCCUUAACUGGGAAGAAAUGGAAAAAAGUCCAUGCAUUCCUCAAAUGAAUGAUUCUGAAUUAUGUAUCCGUAUUCCGGGAGGAGGUAUCACAAAAGCACUCUAUGAUGAAAGCUGUUCUAAAGAAAUUCAAAUGGCAAUUCUGCUGAAAUUUGUUUCAGAAGGGGAUAAUAUCCCAGAUGCGUUAGGUCUUGUCGGGUACCUAAAUGAAUGGCUUCAGAUAAUCAAACCAUGCAGUGAAGAUCCUACAGCGUCUGCAUUACCCUGGAAGCUCCCCAGCUCCUGGAGACUGCUCUUUGGCAGUGGUCUUCCCCCUGCACUUUUUUGAUCUGUUGCACCUUUUGUCCCA